AUGCAGCCGCAGCGACCGAUGCCGCACGCAGCGCCCUUCUCCCUGGGGCGCCAAUUCCGGGACAUGGCGCUCGGGUUCGGCCGUCACAAGAACCUGCUGGGCAUGAACUUCUCCUACGGGAUCAUCCAGUCUCUCAAAGAGUGUCUCUACUUCCUGCUGUGCUGCUGGUGCAUCAAGGAGAUCCUCGACUAG